UUUUUUAGAGAUUGGUUUCUAGAAUUUUUUCGCGUUACGAAGUAUAGCGAAAAAUAAUUGUCCUGACGACAUGUAAACAAUUACGAAAGUGUGGGGUUACUAAGUUUACCUUGUUAUGGAGUAUUUAGCCAAUGAAAUUUCAGUAUUGAGUGUACGUGUUUGAAUUGAUUCAUGGGUUGUCAGUAAGGUUCACUUUCUAGCGCACGCCGUCCCGAGCAAGUCGUGUUUUUCGUCAUGGACGCCAGACAAAUACAAAGCUCAAUUUCAGAAGAAGUAAACAGAGUUGUUUCACGUCAGCAGUCCGAAUUGUUAAGUAGUUUGCAAAAUAUGAUGGACAGUCGUUUGUCAGUUUUUCAACAAAAUAUUCAACAAAUUUCCGCGUCUCAAAUAUGCAAAAUUGAGGACAAUUUGAAUGAACAUUAUGUGUUUCGUAAAAAAGGAAACGAGAAUCAGUAUAAGCAUGAAGCCCGAGUGCUCACGAAGUUAAAGGAGGCCAGGGAACAUUUAAACUGCGGGAGUGACGAUGGAGUGGAGUCGGCAAAGAGCAGUAUCGCUGAAGGUAUUGAAAUGGUUAAAAAUCGCCAGAAAGUGAUUAAGUUGGCAGAUUCGUCUCAGCUUGGUUGGAAAGUAGUCCAGGAGUAUCAGGCCAACCCCAUAGCAGACGAUUCGGACGAUGAGAAGAAGAUGUACAGAGCACAGAUGAGAGCCGAGCGGAAAGUUUUCAACGGGAGAAAACGUCAGAGAUUCGAACCCUAUCAGAAGAAACCAGCGACCGUCUCCCGUAUGGAGACAGAUGAAAGAUCAACGAGCAGUGGAAAACCCGGCAGAUGUUUUGACUGCGGAGCUAAGGGACAUUGGAGUCGGGAUUGUACGAAGAAAGGUGACAAAGCAAACAAGAUAAGUGAAAAUUUAGAAAAAUUUUUGCCUAUUUCAAAUUUGGCGCUUUUUAAUGAUAUAAGUAGUAUCAUAUCUCCAGUUGGUCGUUUAAGAUCACGUUACAGCGAAUGGGAGAAAAUUGGGACAGGUAAAACAAUAUUAGAUAUUAUAAAGUCAGGAUAUAAAAUUCCAUUCAAAACAAAUCCUUCUUCUAUUGAAUUAAACAACAAUAGGUCAGCGAGAGAGGAACCAGAAUUCGUCACAGGUGAGAUAAGGAAUUUGAUAGAAAAGGGAUGUGUGUCACGGGUAAGGGAAAAACCUACAGUUGUAAAUCCUUUGACGGUGGCCAAAAAUAGAAACGGUAAGCGAAGGUUGGUACUGGAUUGCAGGCACGUGAAUCCUCAUUUGCACAAGUUUAAGUUUAGAUACGAAGAUGCUGUCACUGCAAAAGAAAUGCUUAAAAUGGGAGACUUUAUGUUUACUUUUGACUUAAAAUCAGCCUAUCACCAUAUAGAAAUUUACGAGGAACACCGACAAUAUUUAGGUUUCUCAUGGGAAGAAAAUGGCAAAAUUUCAUAUUUCGUAUACAAUGUUUUACCAUUUGGCAUUUCCACAGCAGGGUACAUUUUUUCAAAAGUUCUUAGAGAACCGGUGAGGCAUUUAAGAUCAGAAGGAAUAAAAAUUAUAACAUUUUUAGACGACGGUAUAGCUGCAGGCAGCAGUUUCGAAGUAACAUCAAACGUAAGUUAUUCAAUAAAAAUGCUUUUUCAAAAUUUGGGUUUCUUGUUUGCAGACGACAAAUGUAAUUGGAUUCCAAGUUUUGCAUUGGAAUACAGAGAAAGGUCAAGUUCACAUCAGCAACGACAGAAUUUAUCGUCUAAAUUUGUGUUUAGAUACUAUACAUGGUGAGGUACAGAAAAAUGUAUUGUAUUUUCGUGCAAAAUUUUUAGCAAAAAUUGUUGGUCAAAUUAUUUCCAUGAAAGUUGUUUUUGGUGAUAUUGUUAGAAUGAAAACAAGAUUUUUGUAUUACUGCAUAUCAAGCAAGGCUAGCUGGGAAGCUCAGGUAAAAAUAACAGCAAAUGCUUUGAGAGAAAUUGAAUUUUGGCGAAAAAGUGUUUCAAUUUUGAAUGGAAACGGUUGUUCCAUUGAUUUUGUAAGUGCAUCAGAUGUAUGCAGCUUAUUCUUAUAUUGUGACGCCUCGGAUGUAGGCUUUGGUGGUUAUUUUGAAUGUAUCAAUGAUAACAAUGAAAAUGAUUUUAUGGGGAGUGUAGUAGGAAAUUGGACAGCAGAAGAAGCGAUGCAGAGCUCAACAUGGAGAGAAUUAGAAACUGUUAACAGGGUCAUGAAAAGUAAAGUCAGUAUUAUAAAAAAUUCAAAUUUAAAUGUUAUAUCAGACAGUAAAAACGUUGCAAAAAUCAUGCAAGUUGGAAGCAAAAAACCAUAUUUGCAAAUCAUUGCAAGCCAGAUAUUUGAAACUUGCACCGAAAACAGCACUCAAGUAAGUAAUGUAUGGAAGCCCAGAAAUGAAAACAAAAGAGCAGAUUUCUUAAGUCGUGUAACGGACAUGGACGAUUGGUCAGUACACGAUGAUGUUUUUAACAGUUACGAAAAACUAUGGGGUAUGCAUACUGUCGAUAGAUUUGCUACACAUUACAAUAAAAAGUGUGAAAGGUUUAAUUCUAAAUAUUGGUGUCCUGGUACAGAGGCAGUCGAUGCGUUUACCCAGGUUUGGGUAAGUGAAAAUAACUGGUUAGUUCCUCCGCCCAGUUAUAUACCAAGAGUUAUUAACAAAAUGAUAGCAGAGAGGGCCACAGGUACAUUGAUUAUUCCGGAAUGGAAGUCGUCCUCAUAUUGGCCUUUGAUAUUUGAGGGAAACUUAUAAAAGUUUUGUAAAAUUUUGUUAUUAUCUACCUGACAAAAAAUUGAUAAGGCAUGGCAAGAGUAAUAAAUCAAUUUUUGCAAAAUUUCCACUGAAGUUUAAGAUGUUGGUAUUGAGAAUACAGUUUUAGAAAUAAAUACAUGUUCAUAAUAUUAAGAUAUUUCAUUUUGGUGAUGACUAAUUUUUUCCAGGACUAGGAGUACAGUCACAUAU